CAAGGACUAGCCAGGAGGCUCUCAGACAUACAUGGAGGUAAUUUGUUCUGCUGUUAUGGGUGAACUUGUCAGUAGAACCAUAUCUUUCCUUGUCGACAAGUACCUGAAGCAGACUACGGCGCCGACCGAGGAGGAGAGAUUGCACAGCCUGCAGCGGUUGCUACUGAGGCUAUGCAUCAUCAUCGAGGAGGCCGAAGAACGGCGCAUCACAAACCAAGCCAUGCUGCAUCAACUCUGCAUACUAAAAAUGGAGAUGUACAGAGGGUAUUACAUCCUCGACAGCUUCAGUUGCCGAGCCCAUGGAGAAGAAAGGAUGAAUGAUCAUCAAGUCAGUCACUCUUUUGCCCCAUCUAAGUUUAACCCUGCCAAGCGUGUAUGUUUCUGCAGUGGCAGCAGUCAGAGUGCAUCCCAAGCUGAGCUGCUGGAGCAAGUUCUUGGCAGCAUAGGGAACACCAUUGAAGAUGUGAGUGAGUUUGUUAUCCUUCUGAACAGAUGCCCACGUUUAUACCGCCAACCAUACAACAUGUAUUUGCUGUUGGACAAGUGCAUGUUUGGCCGCCAUAUGGAGCUGGAGUAUAUCAUAAACUUCCUGUUGCAAGCAGAAACUACUCUGGGUGCCGAAAAUCCAGGCGUCUUGCCAAUCAUCGGUCCAGGGAAAGUUGGAAAGAGCACCCUAAUAGAGCAUGCUUGCAACAAUGAAAGAGUGCGCAGCCACUUCUCUCAAAUUUUGUGUUUUGGUGGAGAUGAUCUUAAGGAUGCAAGUGCAGUGACCCUAAGAGAUGCAGGGAUAAUCAAGCAUCAAAACCUAACCAUGGGUAGCGGAAGGACAUUGAUCAUCAUUGAACUAGUUCUAGAUAUUGACGAGCGUUUAUGGAAAAGGCUGUUCUCAUCUGCUAAAAGAAGCAUUGCAAGUGGCAGUAAAAUUAUAAUUGCAAGCCGAUCUGACAAGAUUGCAAGCUUUGGAUCCACACAAGCCCUCAGAGUACAAUCCUUAACUCAAGAAGCAUACUGGUAUUUCUUCAAGGUGCGUAUAUUUGGAUGCAUGAAUGCACAGGACCACCCAAAACUGGCAGCUAUAGCCAUGGACAUAGCCAGGGAGCUGAAUGGUUGUUUCAUGGGUGCAACCAUAUUUCGUGGACUACUGAAAUCGAAUUUUAAUCCCCAUUUCUGGAGCAUGGCUCUUGCAUGCCUUAGAAAAUUCAAGCGACAUAAUAUGUUGGUGUAUGGAGAACGCUUUGUUGCUCCUUGGCAGAUCGAGGAACCGAUAUAUGUUAGGAGAUUAGAGAAAACUUCUUCUGAAUACAUUGUGAUACUAGAUGACUACCAAACAGAAUCUGCUAAGAGCUCGGCUAAUAGUCCCACAAAUUCUGGUCAAAGUAAACCUGAAGCUCCCAAGAUGAGUGUUCAGGAUCUUUUCUUUGGAAGUGUUAGGCCUCAAGGGAAAUUCAAUGUCCUCGCAUGGACAUCUCACCUGCCACCUCACUAUAAUUACAUGUUUACCUGUGGGAUACAGAGGCCACGGCGUAAGGUCACCAGGAAAAAGUGCUUUCUGAAGAAUGGCAACUGAUUGUGUAGUGUUUUCUUCUUUAAAUAUGGUUUGUAUUGUCAUGUCUGUUGUCAGCUGAAUACUUAAUCUUACAUGUAAUACAGUAAAAUCGUUUCCCUAGUAUAGGAAAUUAGGAAUGGAUGAACCAAUC